AAAACACCAAAACCAAUAUGGCAGACGGCUCUGAUGUUCCUGCUGUUCUGGCGCUGCCAGGCCGCCAUAUUGGCCACAGUUGAUGUUUGUUUGUGUGUAAAAGGUUAUGAGCUGCAAUGCUGCGGGUCACAGAAUCCACUCCGGUCGAAUUGGACCGGGUAAUCCUUGAUCUUCUGAAAACCCGCAGCUCACGCUAGUUCCUCCAGAAAAAUUCUCAUCAACCAAUCAAAGGCAGAGCUGUCUGAUGUGGAACGUAACGUCAGACCCCGAGAACCAAUCCACGGCUCUAAUACAAACUACGAGAGGAAGGCCCGCCCCCUGCGUGUCGAACUACAGCGCGCGUGAAGAAGAGUAGAACCGUCCGAAUCGGUUCGGUCCGACUGCCGAAGCGACGCUCCGGCUGCAGCAACAUGGACACUGAGCUGUUUAUGGAGUGUGAGGAGGAGGAGCUGGAACCAUGGCAACAGGUGGACGACAGCGUGGAGGAAGACGACAUGGAGUACACGGACAACUACGGAGAGCCAGUGGAGGAUUCUUCACCCUGUGAGACUCCGCCUCCCAGGUCUCCCCUGCCCAGCACACCUGUCCCAGCAGGUGCACUGCCCUUCAUCUGCUCGGCUCGUCCUCCAUCUCUCUCCGUCUCCACCUCCAAGCCCGCUGCCUCAGCCCCGGCCCCCAGGGCUCAGGCCCCGCCCCUCAGGCCCCUCAUCCUGACGCAGACCGCCAGUGGAACAUUCCUCCUGCCGGCCGGGCCUGGCGCCGGCACCACCCAGCCCAUCCUCCUCACCGCGCAGGGCUUCCAGGUUCCCACGGUGAUGACUCCCGGCGCGCCGCUGGUUCUCAACCUGCAGCCCAACCUGCAGACGGUCCAGCUGAUUCAGUCGUCAACUCUGGGCCAGCUGGUCCGACCCGCUGUGGCCGUGUCUACUGUGCUGUCUCAGAACCAGACCGGACCCGGUCCAGCCCACCCGGGAUCCGGCUUCACCACUUUGACCAUCAGAACCAGCGCUCCAGGAUCUGUUAACCUGCAGGUGGCGCCUGUAGGCGGCACCGGUUCCCUCAAGCUGGGCGGUUCUCCGGGCCUCCGGACCGCUUCCACCAAUGGAGUCCUGAAGGCCACGCCCCUCAGUCCCGCCACAGCUCCAGGCCCCACCCAGCGUGUGGUUACCAUGGCGACCGUGGCUGCGCCCCCCCGGGUGGUGAUGAGUGUGGAGGAGUUUUACUAUGGCAGGUUCAGCGGAGACGUCAGCCUGAGGAGGCCGCCGCCGCCUGGUGCCGCCAUCUUCGCUUUUACCUGCAACAUCUGCUGCUUCAGGGCAGAGAACAACCUCAGGUUGAUGCAGCAUGUCCUUCACCACUCGGAGCUGGUAGUGGAGAGUAAAGAGCGUCAGUGCUGUCGGUUCUGCUACCGCCAGUUCUCGUCCCAGAGCCAGCUGAGGGACCACCAGGACCAGGUCCACGGCUCCUCCCAGUCCACCUGUCUUUGUCGGAUCUGUGAGUGGGCCUUCGACAGCGAGCCGGCCUUCCUCAACCACAUGAAGUCCAACCACAAGCCGGGCGAGAUGCCCUACGUCUGCCAGGUGUGCUCGUUUCGCUCGUCUUUCUACUCGGACGUCGUGCAGCACUUCGCCACCUUCCACAGAGAGACGCCAUUCCUGCUCUGCGUCUUCUGCCUGAAGGUGAUGAAGAACCCCAGCAACUACCAGCAGCACCUGUUCAGGCACAAGCUGAGCCAGGCCUUCCAUUGCAACAGAUGUCGCCUUCAGUUCACCUUCUUGAAAGACAAGAUGCAGCACAAGGUGGAGAACCACCGCAGCUUCCGCCGGCCGCCGCAGCUGGAGGGGCUGCCACCGGGGUCAAAGGUAACGAUCCGGACCUACGGGAAGGUCAGGCCUCCGAUGGCAUCAAACUGCAUUUUUCAGCCCAACAGAAUCAAAACCGAGCCGAUGUUCCCAAUCCAGAAGAACCCCCCGCUGUUCAAAGUUCCCAAGUCCCCGACCCGGAGGGGGCCGGGCUGCCGGGAGCCCUGCAGGUUCUGGUCGAUGGACCGCUUGGUGUGUCUGGAGUGUGGAACCGAUGCGUCGGACUUGACGGCUCAUUACCCGACCUACGUCCACUGCCUGCUGUGUCCCUACAGCAGCUGCUGCUCCCGGGCCUACGCCGCCCACAUGAUCCACCACCACGUCCGCGGCUCCAGGGAUAAGGUGCUUCCUCUGCAGAAGGCCCCGCCCCCUUGCGCCUUCCUGCUGCGCUGCUCUGAAUGCGGCUUCCUGCCUCAGACGGCAGAUCAGAUGGCCGAACACCUGCUGAGCAACCCGGAGCACGACGGCGCCACCUGCUGCUCCCGUGAGUACGUUGAGCCUGACAUCCCGCUGUGCCUCAGCGCAGAGCAGCGGUCUUCAGAGGAACUGGACCAGAACCAGGACUCAGCAGAACCGGCCUGGAAGCUGGCAGAGAGCUGGAAACGUCCGGAAGAGAGUCCCUGGACCCCGAUCCAGUCCUUCACCCAGCCCAGCGGGCCCAACCACUUCCUGUCCAAGAACAGCGACGCCAUCGACUUCUUCAGCCUGCUGUUCCCCCCGCCGCUCGUCGAGCUCAUCGCCAAGGAGACCAACGCCCACGCCAAGGCGAGCCGCCUGCUGGGCUGCUGCCCGCCCGACUGGGUCCCCGUCACCGGCCGGGAGGUCAAAGGUUUCCUGGGCCUGGUGAUCCUGAUGGGCGUCCACAGCCUGCCGGACCCGGCGCACUACUGGUCCUUCAACCACUUUGACAACAGCUACACCUUCCACCGCGCCAUGCCGCUGCGCCGCUUCCAGCAGCUCGCCGCACACCUCCGCAUGGGCAGCUUCGUGGGCGAGCUCCACGGCCCGACCCGCUCCGCCGACCCGCUGCACGCCUUCCGGCCCAUGCUGGACCUUCUGGGCGGCGCCAUGUGGGACGCCUACCGGCCCAACUGCUGCCUGGCUGUGGACCGGGCGCUGCUGCCCAGCCUGGAGGGCGAGGAGCGCGGCGCCCACGGCCAGCCUCAGGUCUGGCUGCUCUGCGACUCCAAGUCUGGCUACUGCCACCGCCUGUCCAUCCAGCUGGGGGAGCGGCGCGGCCCGGACCUGGGCUUCAGCGUGGUUCCGGAGCUGGUCCGGGACCUGGACAACAAGCACCACCAGCUGUUCCUGGCCAACUCGCUGGCCUCCGUCCCGCUCAUGCAGACGCUGCUGCAGCAGAACAUCUACGCCUGCAGCUCCUUCCCGCCGCCCAGCCCCGUCCUGCCCCGCCCGCUGUGGGACGACGGCGAGUUGCGCAACCCGGGAGACUUCCUGCAGAGGCAAUGCGGCCCCCUGCUGGCCACCCGCUGGCGCGACACCAAGGAGACGGGCUGCCUGUCGACCAACGCGGCGCCGGGUCAGCCGGACGCCGUCUGGAGGAGCAAGGCGGGCGAGCUGGUGACCAUCGAGCGGCCCAUGGCGUUCCGCCUGCUGCAGGAAAACAUGCGGGGCGUGGACAUCUGCAAGCAGCUGCUGGCCUGCAACCCGCUGGGAGGCGUGCCACAUGACCGCCACUGGCGCAACCUGUUCUGGUUCCUGGUCAACCUGAGCGUGGUCAACGCCUUCAUCGUAAUGCGGGAGAGCCGCAAGGACAACCCGCCCGCCUGGGUGCAGGACGGCCUGUUCAGCCAGCUGGCCUUCCGCCGCCGGCUGGGCAACCAGCUGGCCCGCUGCGCCCAGAGGCACGGCGAGGCGCCAGAGUCGCCAGGGGCCCGUGGGGCCCGGCCCGCCGCCGAGGAGCCCGUCCAGCAGCGGCACAAGAUGACGAAGAUCAGCAGCGUCUCCAAGCGCUGCAGGAACUGCAACAUGAAGAACCUGCGGCAUGAGAGCGUGUACGGCUGCACCGUCUGCGACGCCAACCUGUGCAAGCGGCCCAGCUGCUUCUGGGAGUUCCACGGCCUGCCGCCGCCGCACCGGGGGUCGACCAAGCUGGGCUUCCUGAAGGACAGACUCAGCGGAGAGAUCGUCAUGGAUGAGGUCAGCGUGGACGAGACGUUGGGCCCCGUGGAGGACCUGGACUUUUCCGAGGACGAGCCAGAGGACGAGGAGGAGAUGAACCCGACCGGAACCGGUCCAGAGUGCGGUCCAGAGUCUGGUCCAGAGUCUGGUCCGCCUACCGACAGCGGGCCGUGGCGAACCGCGGCGCAGCCGGCCGCGGUUCGCCACAGCCCGCUGUCGGUGCGGCAGCUCCGCAUCAUCCUGUUUGCGCUGUGUGAAGGUCUGCGGCAGGCGAGCCGCGUCUUCUCCACCGACCCGCAGCUGAUCCGGCGCUGGCUGCGGGAGGCGCGGGCGCGGCCGGCGCAGGAGGAGGAGCGGCAUGCGGACGGCGCCGCGCGCAUGGUGGCCUGGGUGCUGUCCAUGCGGGAGCAGCAGCUGCCGCUCACCGAGAGCAACCUGUUCAACAAGGCGUCCAUCUUGAAGAAGAAGAAGGCGUUCGGCGACGCCUUCCGGAUCUCCUACGACUGGGCCGUCGGCUUCCUGCUGCGCCACCGGCUAGGCGUCUGCAGGGCGGGUCGGGCCGCGGGCCUGGGCCGGGCCGUGCCGCCGCCGCUUUGGGGCCGAGUCGCCGCCUUCAGGGAGUUCACGCGGCGGGCGGUGCGGGCCCACCGGCUGGCGCGGCGCGCCGUGGCCGCCGUGGACGAGCUCUGCCUCUUCGUGGACUUCCGGCUGGUCCAGGACCGGUCCAGGCGUCGCGAGGCGCUGGAGCUGACCGGGUCCUCGCCGCUGCUCACCGUCUACCUGGCGAUUCUGGCUGACGGCGGUGUGCUGCCGGCGCUGGUUCUGCUCAGUCGGCCGGUCCCGCAGGCGGCGCCACCCGACCUCGCGCUGCUGGAGGUCCGGGCGGACGGCCUGAGCGCCGAAGACGCCCUGGACCUCUGGACCACCAAGGUCUGGCUGCCGCACCUGUCCAGCCCGGCCCGUUCCGGGAAGUCCCUGCUGGUUCUGGACCGGCACCGGGAGCACCUGGCCGACCCGUUCCUGGCGGCGCUGAGCGCAGCCCGCAGCCUGCCGGCCGUCAUCCCCACAGGAUGCUCCUUCUGUCUGCAGCCGCUGGACGUCUGCCUGAAGCCGGCACUGCAGCGCUUCCUGCUGGCCCGCUGGGCCCGGUUCGCAGCCGGACCGGAACCGGAGCUGGACAACCCGACCCAAAAGCCACAGGACAACGUGACUCGGAUGCUGGUGGACUGGCUGCUGGACGCUAUGACACACCUGCGCCGCCUGCCGCUCACCUGGAGGACGUCCUUCCAGCUGACCGGACUCCUGCAGGACCAGACUGGGCCAGAACCACGGGACCAGCAGGCAGAACUCAUCAAAACCCUGACAUGCAUCCUGCUGGGUCCAGACGCAGCAGAAACAGAACCGGCUGAACUACAGGAGGACGAAGACCAGGACGGGGACGGACAGGAGACAUCCGAGGAGAAAUCCCAGUCCAAAGACGACGAGACGAAGGAGACGGAGGACAGGAAGGAGACGGAGGACAGGAAGGAGAUGGAGGACAGGAAGGAGAUGGAGGACAGGAAGGAGACGGAGGACAGCUUGGCAGCAGAGACACUAGAGGACAGCGAGGAAGAGGAGGGACAGCAGAGACACGAGGAGACGAAGGAGGUGAGCAGAGAGAGACGGGAGACGCGGAUCGAGAUUGGGGAGGAAGUCGGAGACGAGUGGAAGAUCCAGAGCGACGGCACCAGAACCGAGGAAGACAGCUGAGGUCCUGACCCGAUUCUGACUCGGAAAGCCCGUGCUCCCCCCAGUGGCCGACAGAGGAACUGCUUCCGCCUGCUGGUCAGUUGGACUGGAACCAAAACCGGGCUCUGUCCGGAUCCGGCGGGCAAACGUUUUUAAUGGACCUUUAUUUAAAAAUCACUGAGGUUUAACAUGAGCCAAUCAGAGACAAAGGGGCGGGGCUUCAGCACCAUCAGACGGUCCAGGUGUCACACCUGAGGUUGUAAUGAACAGAACACCAUGAAUGUUUACAGUCUGAGCUGCUCUGAUCAAAAUGGGUCAUCAGAACCACCAGUAACUUCAGAACCAGCUUUAGAUGAGCAAACAGAAGUGAGUGGCGCCAUGGCGACAGACGAUUCUCCACCAUGCUGCAGCUACUUCCUGUUAGCAGGAGGCUACUUUCAAUCUGAUCUGCUGCUGAUCUGAUCAAUGAUAGGCUGGAAGGAGAGUACUAGCUUGCAUUAGCUUUGGGUAAGCUAACAACUAGCAUGCCUAGGCUGGUCCCCUACUUCAUUUGCUAUCCAUUAGCAUUUGCAAGGCUAGCAUUAGCUCUAAAGAGGCUAGCACUAGCAUUGUGUAGGCUAGCAAGAUGCUUGUGUCUUAUUAUAAAAUGCCUAAACACGGCGUCAAUGUUAGCAACAUUUAAUGGAUGUUGCUUACAGAUAAUGCAUGAGAAAUGUUUUUAUCCAUGUUUAGAGGAAAAGGUUCAAGUAAUGAGCGACCAGACUACGCAUGCUAUUUAGCUAGAACUAAUGCUAACCUAAACUGGGCUUUCAUCAGUGUAUCCAAGGCUACAGUUAGCUUAUCCAUUCUAAUGGACAGCAGAUGAAGUAGGGGACCGUGCUAGUUGUUAGCCUACCUAAAGCUAGUUCUAGCUAGUACUCUCCUUCCAGCCUAUCAUUGAUCAGAUCAGCAGCAUCAGAUUGAAAGUAGCCUCCUGCUACCAGGAAGUAGCUGCAGCCAGGUGGAGAAUCGUCCAGUGUGUGUGUGUGUGUGUGUGUGUGUGUGUGUGUUAGAGAAGAUGACUCCUCUUCCUCACCUUCAGGAGGAAGAGCAACGUUAAUGUCUGGUUUUGUUUUGAUGAUGUCACCGCGGCCCUGGAAGCUGAUUGGCUGCUGUUAUUUUUGAACACUUCCUGUUUCGGUUGUCAGAACACGCUGAUGAAUAAAGCAACAUGUCCAGGUGA